AUGCAGAUCCUCGGCUUGCUGGACACCCAGCCUGCAGCCCGAUCGGCGCGCGGCAUCACGGCCGACUGGAUGCAUGCCUAUGCCGAGGCGUCCAAGCUCGCCCUUGGCCUACGCGCUCUUCUCGGGUUGGGGCGUGCCGGCGCAGCGCACGGUGCUCAUGCUCGCGUCGGUCGCCACGCUGCGCAGCCUGCAACUGCGCUGGCCGUGGCCGAUGACGCUGCUCGGCGCGGCGGUCGUCGUCACCGCGAUGGACCCCUGGGCGGUGAUGCAGCCGGGCUUCUGGCUGUCUUUCGGGGCGGUCGGGCUGCUGAUGGCUGCGGGAGGCGACGAGGGCCAGGGCUGGCGCGCAAAGCUCGCGGCGGCCUGGCGCACGCAGGCGAUUGCCACCGUGGGUCUCGCGCCGCUGAGCCUCAUCUGCUUCGCGCAGCUGUCCCUGGUCGGUCUGGUGGCCAAUCUCGUCGCGAUUCCGCUGGUGAGCUUCGUGCUGAUGCCGCUCGCACUGCUGGGUGGCCUGGCUUCGCCGCUGUGGACGCUUGCCGCCCUGCUGGCCCAGGGCCUGAUGACCUGGCUGCAGUGGCUGGCCACCUGGCC